AUGGAGGAAGCUACGAAGCAACAUUUCUUCUUCCACGACAAGCCGUUCGUCGACCGCUACCUCGGCGAGAUCAUCACCUCCGCCGAAGCCGACCGCCGUCGCGCCGCCUCGGCCAUCUCCCAGCGCAAGGACGUCUACCUCUUCGCCCUCGACAAAUUCACCAACCCAGAGUCGCUGGACCCGCGCCUCAAGGGCCCGCCGCUCGAGGUGGACGGCGAGUUUCUGUCCGGGCCGACGCGCUUCAUCAACCACUCGUGCGAUCCCAACCUGCGCAUCUUUGCACGCGUGGGCGACCAUGCGGACAAGCACAUUCACGACUUGGCGCUGUUUGCCAUCCGGGAGAUUGCUGCCGGGGAGGAGCUGACGUUUGAUUAUGUGGACGGUGUGACGGAGGAUGGGGCCGAGAUGGAGAGGGGGAAUGGAGCACAUAUGACCAAGUGUUUGUGUGGGAGCCGCAAGUGUAGGGGGUUUUUGUGGUAG